AUGAAAACUUUAGUCUGGAACUACCGUGGGCUGGGCAAUCCCACGUCAGUUCAAGUAUUAGUGGAUCUCAUCCACCUAAAGAAGCCAGAUAUAGUGAUAUUAAUUGAAACAUUAGUGGGCCAAAGAAAACUAGAGCCCAUUAAGAGGAGAAUUGGUUUUGAUGGUCUGUUAGUUGUGGAGAGUAGGGGGCAUAGUGGUGGGCUUGCUUGCCUUUGGAGGGUGAGCCCACUAGUUGAAAUUAAAAGUUAUUCGGACAGACACAUUGAUGUGUUUGUUGUGGAAGGGGAUGGAAAGACGAAGUGGCGUGUAACUGGUUUCUAUGGCGAACCAGAUAGAGGCAGGAGGCAUAUCGGCUGGAAUCUUCUCAAGGAGCUCUCCAUGCAACAUAACCUUCCUUGGGUUGUUGUUGGAGAAUUCAAUGAUAUCAUGCAUGAAGACGAGAAGAGAUGUGGCAACCCCCAACCAAGAUGGCUCAUGAACGGGUUCCGAGAAGCUGUAGAAGAGAGUGGCCUGACUAAUUUCAAUUUCGAAGGGCACCAGUUUACUUGGGAGAAAUCUCGGGGCAAAUCGGGUUGGAUACAAGCAAAGCUAGAUAGAAUUUUGGUUUCGGAUGCUUGGAGGGAUCUGUUUCGAGGGGCGAUAGCGACGUCAAUUAUCACUUCGCGUAGUGAUCACAUGUCUCUAUUGAUUCAGACGGAGAGUCCAUCGUUUAGUCAGAGCAUGAGACGAUUCAAAUUCGAGAAUUUGUGGCUGAAGGAAGGAUAG